AUGAAUAAAGAAGGUGCAUCUUCACAGGCACCGAAGUUUGAAAAUAUAGAGCAAAAAAUUGAAAUCGAAUCUGAACCACCAAGACCAACUAAACUACCUUAUGACCAAAAUGUAAGGAUAUUGGUGCUAUCACCAAAUAGCAAGUAUGCAGCGACAAUUAGCAGCGUAACUACUUUUAAAGAUCAUAAAAUUUGUGGAUGGCAACUUGACCUAGAUCAACCCGUAAAACAAAAAGAAAAUGAAUCAUACCAACCUAUAUCCUUCAAGCUUGAUUGUUUGAUAAAUACUCAAGAGUUUAAUGAAAAGGGCUACCCAUUUUUAUUGGCAGUUUCAAAUAAUAAACUUGUUGCAAUAAAAUGA